AAAGAAAACGAGGAUCUAAAAAAGAAGCUUAGUGAGGUUUUGUGCCCCUCAGGUGAUGAUCGCGUGCUUUAUCUAUAGAAGGAAGUUAUGGAGCUGCGACGGCAAGUUGCGGAUAAGCAGGUGAAUGAAGAUGUGAUUCUUGCACAGAAGGAAGAAAUCGGCGAGUUGAAGCAGUCGGUUUACAUGAAGAUCAACUUUGAAAAGGAAAUUGUUGGAUUACGUAAGGAGGUGAACUCGCUUCGGGAUCAGACUGAGCAUGUUAUGGCGGAAGUUGGGCAGUGGAAAAAGGAGGCGCUAAGACCCGACAACAAACGUGGAAGCGUGACGAUGCAGACUCCUGACUGCUCCAACCGGGGAACCCCAAAGCCCCGUCGAUCGGAUAAUGUGAGGGAAAGUGAACAAUGGAAAGAAGAGUAUUGCAAUCUACGUAGUCUACACCGCCUGGCUAACAUUGAGGCCGAAGCCCUUAAAGAGAAGCGAGUUGAAGCUGAGAUGAAACGAAUGGAAGCCGAAAAGCACGUCAAGACGCUUAAGGAGCAAAUGAGUCGUCUUAUGGCUGGCGGAGAUAAGGCGAAUGUCUCCGGUGCAACCAACCUCAAGGAGCGUCUUGAGGAAGUAGCAGUUCGAUCCGCGAGGAAAGGACUGAAAGUUAUGCCAGGAAGAGCGGUUGACUCUAUUCAACCGGCAACUGAGGAUCGUACGGAUUCGGUGGCUAAGAAACCUGCGUCUGCCACAACUAAUGACCGUGUCGAAUUUGUGGAGCAAAAGAGACAGCUUCGCAUGCUGAGGAAGAUCGGGUUGGAGCCUUUAUGCAAGGAAGAAGGCGUUAAGCUCGACAAAUUUGAGGAAACAAUUUGUGAGUUGGCGAAGGCUCGCGCACGUAAAGCCUUCGGUGAUGAUAAGGGUUGGACAUCUAAACAGAUUGGUGAGAUCCAUGAAAUGAGCGAUGAUGCAUCAAAGGAGGUAAGCAACACCGACGACGAGGAUGGGAGGUCUGUUGAGCUCUAGGGGGGUUUCCUGAACAUGGCGAAGCUUUGGUCUCUCGCUCAAGAGUGCAGGGUUAGC